GGCGCCACAACCGUCGUGGCGGCGCGCUGCCUGUGGGCGCCCGCUGCGAGGCCUGCGGUGUGCGCCGGAGUUGGGAAGGCAGGGAGUUCAGAGCCCACCUCCCCCCAGCCCUUCCAUGGACUCAUUUUAAUUUUCCCAGUCAUCCCGUGAGCUGUAUGACUUUGACUUUCAAGAUCCUCUUCCCACCAACCCUCCGCACACUUGGGCGAAAAGAACUGUGCCUAUUCCGACAGCAACAUCACUGGCCUGACAGAAGACAGUUCAGCCAUUGGUCAGAAACAGAUCUGCUUCAUGGGCACUGCCUCCUCCAGAGAAGAAAGCCUGCUCUGUCAUUCCAGGAAGGCCAUCUAAGACCACGUGCCACCUGCCUUGUUUUCUUGCCAGGGGCGCAUGUGGGACUCUGCAGUGGCCCCUGUGAGAUGGCCGAGCAACGAUUCUGUGUGGACUAUGCUAAGCGCGGCACGGCGGGCUGCAAAAAGUGCAAGGAAAAGAUUGUGAAGGGGGUGUGCCGGAUCGGCAAAGUGGUGCCCAACCCCUUUUCAGAGUCCGGGGGUGAUAUGAAAGAGUGGUAUCACAUUAAAUGCAUGUUUGAGAAACUGGAGCGGGCCCGGGCUACCACAAAAAAAAUCGAGGACCUCACAGAGCUAGAAGGCUGGGAAGAGCUGGAAGACAAUGAGAAGGAACAGAUAAGCCAGCACAUUGCAGAUCUGUCUUCUAAGGCAACGGGCACACCAAAGAAGAAAGCCGUCGUCCAGGCUAAGCUGACAGCCACUGGCCAGGUGGCCUCUCCAGUGAAAGGUGCCUCACUUGUCACCAGUAGCAAUCCCCGGAAAUUUUCUGGUUUUUCAGCCAAGCCCAACAACUCUGGGGGAGCCCACUCAAGCCCUCCCCCUAAGGCAAGUCUGUCCUCAAGCAGAUGUGACCCCAAGCACAAGGAUUGUCUGUUUCGCGAGUUUCGGAAGUUGUGUGCCAUGGUGGCUGAGAAUCCUAGCUACAACACGAAGACCCAGAUCAUCCAGGACUUUCUUCGGAAAGGUUCAGCAGGAGAUGGUUUCCACGGCGACGUGUACCUGACAGUGAAGUUGCUGCUGCCAGGUGUUAUUAAGAGUGUUUACAACUUGAAUGAUAAGCAGAUCGUGAAGCUUUUCAGCCGCAUUUUCAACUGCAACCCAGAUGAUAUGGCACGAGACCUAGAGCAGGGCGACGUGUCAGAGACAAUCAGAGUCUUCUUUGAGCAGAGCAAGUCUUUCCCCCCAGCUGCCAAGAGCCUCCUUACUAUCCAGGAGGUGGACGAAUUCCUCCUUCAGCUCUCCAGGCUCACCAAGGAGGAUGAGCAGCAACAGGCUCUGCAGGACAUCGCCUCCAGGUGUACAGCCAAUGACCUCAAGUGCAUCAUCAGGUUGAUCAAACAUGAUCUGAAGAUGAACUCAGGUGCAAAGCACGUGUUAGAUGCCCUUGACCCCAAUGCCUAUGAAGCCUUCAAAGCCUCGCGCAACCUGCAGGACGUGGUGGAGCGGGUCCUCCGCAAUGAGCAGGAGGUGGAGAAGGAGCCAGGCCGGAGACGAGCUCUGAGCGUCCAGGCUUCCCUGAUGACGCCAGUGCAGCCCAUGCUGGCCGAGGCCUGCAAGUCCAUCGAGCACGCAAUGAAGAAGUGUCCUAACGGCAUGUUCUCUGAGAUCAAGUACGAUGGGGAGCGAGUGCAGGUGCAUAAGAAGGGGGACCACUUCAGCUACUUCAGCCGCAGCCUCAAGCCUGUCCUGCCUCACAAGGUGGCCCACUUCAAGGACUACAUCCCCCAGGCUUUCGCCGGGGGCCACAGCAUGAUCUUGGACUCUGAGGUGCUCCUGAUUGACACGAAGACAGGCAAACCGCUGCCCUUUGGGACUCUGGGAGUGCACAAGAAAGCUGCCUUCCAGGAUGCUAAUGUUUGCCUAUUUGUUUUUGAUUGUAUCUACUUCAAUGAUGUCAGCUUGAUGGACAGGCCUUUGUGUGAGCGGCGGAAGUUUCUUCAUGAUAACAUGGUUGAAAUUCCCAACCGGAUCAUGUUCUCAGAAAUGAAACAAGUCACUAAAGCUGCGGACUUGGCCGACAUGAUAAACCGGGUCAUCCGAGAGGGGCUGGAAGGGCUGGUGCUGAAGGACGUGAAGGGUACAUAUGAGCCUGGAAAGCGGCACUGGCUGAAGGUGAAAAAAGACUAUUUGAACGAGGGGGCCAUGGCGGACACAGCUGACCUGGUGGUCCUUGGGGCCUUCUAUGGGCAAGGGAGCAAAGGUGGCAUGAUGUCCAUCUUCCUCAUGGGCUGCUAUGACCCAAGCAGCCAGAAGUGGUGCACAGUCACCAAGUGUUCGGGAGGCCACGAUGAUGCGACCCUUGCCCGCCUGCAGAAGGAACUGGACAUGGUGAAGAUCAGCAAGGAUCCCAGCAAGAUACCCGGCUGGCUGAAAGUCAACAAGAUCUACUAUCCUGACUUCAUAGUCCCAGACCCAAAGAAAGCUGCCGUGUGGGAGAUCACGGGGGCCGAGUUCUCCAAGUCUGAGGCGCACACGGCCGACGGGAUCUCCAUCCGCUUCCCACGUUGCACCCGCAUCCGUGAUGAUAAGGACUGGAAGUCUGCCACUAACCUCCCCCAGCUCAAGGAACUGUACCAGCUGUCCAAGGAGAGGGCCGACUUCACCGUGGCGGCCGGAGAGGAGGGGAGCUCCACCACCGGGGGCAGCAGCGGAGAGAACGGGGGUACCUCAGGGCCUGUGGGGGUUCGCAAGGCCUCCAGGGCCUCCCCGAAGCAGCCCUCCACCGGCGCCAGGAAGGCAGGAGGGAGGCUGAGUGGCCCCAGCAGCAGAGGCGGCCAGCAGCUGACCUUGAAGGCAGGCCAGAAGCGGAAGGCCCCCGAGGAGACCCCGUGCCCAGCCAAGGUGCUGCUGGACAUCUUCACUGGGGUCCGGCUCUACCUGCCCCCCUCCACACCAGACUUCAGCCGCCUCAGACGCUACUUCGUGGCAUUCGACGGGGACCUGGUGCAGGAGUUUGACACGGCCUCAGCCACACACGUGCUGGGUAGUGGGGACAAGAACCCUGAGGCCCAGCAGGUCUCCCCGGAGUGGAUUUGGGCAUGUAUCCGGAAACGAAGGCUGCUGGCCCCCUGCUAGGACCGCGGCCCUCCCUUGGCCUGGGCCGUGCUCACUGUGCCCCGGCUGCGGCGGGUGGGCGACGGCGAGGACACGGUGGGAGGGGAUGGCCUUUCUUCUCCAAGCAAUGUGUCUUCCAGAACCCACCAGCCGUGCUUGGUCUCCUCCCGGCCAGCACUUUGGGGACUUCGGGCUGUGGGUGCCGCCAGGGAAGUCCGUGGCUCCUGCUGGCUCACCGUAGAUCUUUCCUAUCUGGGUGCUGGUUUGGUUGUCUUUUUCUUUUAAAAGAAGCUUUUUUUCAUAUAAAUAAAAUAUCUUGCAGUUACCCCGUCCUCCACCCCUUCUCCCCAUCAUCCCCCUAGUGGUUAAGGCACAGAGUGACGCUGAGCUGUUGAAGCUCCAUCCGCAGAGCCACCGGCCCCUUUACUUGCAGGCUCCUUUUAAAGUUAUAUUUAAAAGAUUGCCCUCAGAAAUGCUGCUUCUAUUUGGCAGGACUUGUAUUCAGCUUGACCCUUCCGCCGGGAAUGAAGCCUCCUUUGAAAGAAAACAAAAUGAAUUUUAUGACUUAAUUCUCUUGUGUUCUCUUACAGGGUGUGGGUCCCGGUUUGAAGGGAGGGAACCAGGAUCAGGUAGGAAAACAGGUCCUUUAUAAAGAAAAGGGAGGUUAUUGGAGCUACUCCUCUGGGGGAUACAGGACUCCAGGAGGCUCCGCCUCCCCCAAAUCUGGAAACGAGACUGGUCUUUAAGAUUAAAAAACCCACUUGAGGACAAAAGGCUCCCGUGCCACCCGAGGCUGGUUUAUUGGAAUAAAAGGCAAACAGUU